AUGUUCUCAGAAGACUCGGUAAGCUACCAACCGCCUCAUGAUUGUGCAUACGAUUCAUCGGGCUAUGGCAACACGUCGCCCGACGCUCGCUAUCUCGAGCUUCAACAAGAGUUGUAUUCAAUGCUCCUGGCAGAAGUGCACCGCCCGGACGAUGAUCAAGAUGCAGAACCCAUCCACUCCUCCGAACUCGUCACGAACGAUGCUGAGAUUGCUGAUUAUCCACCUUGUGAGCCAGACUUUGGGCGAACAUCGGUACCCAGGGUGCGGAUGCUCAGAUAUUUGACCCAUUGGAUCACGGACAGCGCACCCUGUUUGGACCAGUUCGACGAGGCUCAGCACUUUGGCGUGCAAAUCCCCAUGCUAGCACGUCAGACGCCGACACUCCUCUAUGCCAUCCUAGCUUUCUCUGCUCGACACUGGGAAAGGAAGAACCCUGGUGAAGUACCCCGUGACAGCCUUGAGCUCUACCAAGAGUCGAUCCGCCUCCUCGGCGCCGAGCUGGACGCCAGAAGUUCCAACACCGUUGCUUCUGUAUGCAUUCUCGCGUGCUUUGAGCUGAUGUCGGAUAGUUCGUUGGAUUGGAGGCGGCACCUCGAGGGCUGUGCAGCGCUGCUCCGCCUCUACGAGGUCCAUGGCUUCUCGGGCGGUCUUCUGCAGGCGGUGUUUUGGUGCUACGCUCGUAUGGAUAUGUGUGGGGCGGUGCUCAACUACGGUCGAGAGAAGACCAUCCUACCAAUCGACCAGUGGCUGGCGCCUAAGAUGGUUGCCACGAUCCCACCAGCACAACGCGAUGUGCUUAUUCACGGCUUGUUUCAGAAAAAGUGUGCCAACAACCCCGACAUGUAUGGCAACUGGGCCGUUUACCUUUGCGCGAAGGCGAUUGAGCUGAGUUACCACCAGGGGAACCUGCGCGACGUGGAACGUUCCGACCGUGAAGAUGCUCUGCCAUUGCGCCGCCGGUGGCAGCAGCUUUGGGACAAUUUGCAGCUAUGGUAUUCUCAAAGGCCCGACUGUAUGCAGCCGGUCUCCUGCCCGAGUGCCGACGAAGGUGGGCUAUUCCCUCAAAUCAUCUUCGUGCAUCGAGCGGCCAUCUACAGUAACCAGUCGUACCACGCAGCCUGCAUCAUCAUGCUCGAGCUCCAAUGGACGAACAUCGACGUGCUACACCCAAAAUCCUCGCUGGAGUCCGUCAUCUGGCACGCAAGGCGGGUAUGGGGUAUCUCGCUAACCAACCCACAUCGCGGAAACUUGGUUGCUGCAGUACAGCCACUGUGCUUGGCAGCGAGGUACUUUACCCACAUCGAAGAACACCUCGCCAUGGCGCGGCUGUUCAAGCUUAUCCACGAAACCACGGGAUGGGGCGCCCUACCGCGAAUUGGUGCUCUGGAGUCUUUUUGGGGCUACGACACAGGUGAAUUGAGUUCCGCCAUAGGUAUUCUAUGA